AUGGAGUUUGUACCGAUAUUUUUCCCGAAACGUGCAAGUGAAGAAGACGGGAAUUAUGUCAGCAACUGCAUCACGGCUUUCUGUUUCAUCACUGAAACAGAUAAACCAUAUCUUACAUACAAUCAAAAAUUUGUUGAGAGUCUUCUCGAAGACGUGAAGAUUGAUCAACAAUUUGAUUUUAUUUCAAUAUUGUUUGGCUUUAUAGAUCUUAUCGAUGAGGUUUUCGAGCCAGAUGAUGUAAUCCUUACCAUUAGAAAAUUAUAUUCUGUUUCUUACUAUGCAUCUCAGCUUAUUCAGUUCGAUUCCAUUCGCUUUUACAAUGAUAUAGCAUCUACAUUCGAAAUAUUACUUCCAGCUGUUGAAAAUCGUCCAGAUCUUCACGAUAUGAUCAUCGGGUCUAUCAACUAUGCAUUAUUUGUUAUUACACCACGUCUCCGUGACUCUAAACUUCUCCAGCCCGAUAUUGAAUACAUCGUUAAUACAGCUUUAUUCAUAAAAGACAAAACUGAGAUUGCGAUGCGAAAGAAGAUCGUUGAAUUCCUUUACAACGCAUUCUUUUGUUUUGACGGAGAAGUAGGCACGGAUUUAGUGAUCCAAGAUGUCAUUAAAAGCAUUACAAUAACAAUCCGCAAUAAUUUCGAAAUUGAAUUCAACUACAUGGCUUUUGUUGCUCACUUAAUAUCAUUACUCUCAACACAACUUAGUUAUGAAACAAAAUCCGCAAUUUUCUUACUCGUUUCCCUUGUUACAGAAAAACAUGGAGAUAUUGUUGAUUUUGUACUAGAUACCGAUAACAUGGAUAUUAUUUCAAGCUUUUUAUGUGACAUGAUAUCCAUUACAUUGCAAAAUCCUCCAAUGAUUAACCAAGUUCGGCCAUAUCUUGGAGAAAUCACUAAGCAAAUGACGAAAGUUGGUCUUCCAAAGUCUUUUCAAUACGACCCUCACCAGCCAAAACCCUCUCCAAGGCCUAAUGAAAGACCAGGAAAAUUUGGAGUGAAAUUAAUCAGUAUUUUAUUCCAUUCUAUUGUGGCAAUCUGCGGCAGUUUCCACGACAAAUCAUCCAAAUCACUCGAAAUGAUCGCAAGAAUGCUUGUUACGAGUAAUACCUUAACAGUUGCCAUAUUCUGUUCAAAGAUGCUUUAUAUGAUUACUAUCACUAAGGAUAAUAUGGAAGCUGUUCAUCCUAUUUUAGCUUCCAUUUUUGAAAUUGCUUUCCUCUUUUACAAUGAUCAGAACUUAAUUAACUUUUCUUUGAUGUAUUUACAAAAACAACUCACACUUAAUACUACUUGCAUCGAAUUAUACCUCGCUGCAUUAGAAGUUUAUAUUGUUGCCGCUCAAGAUUUUAUGUUAUCAUCAAAUAUAGUCGAAAUCGUACAAAUUGCAAUGAACGCUGAUAACGAAUACUUCGAUUAUGCAUUUGAAUCACUCCAAGCUACAAGAAUCACUGGCCAAAUCUUGAUAAAUUACGUAUCUUGCUUUUAUGUUGAAAAUUCUGAUGAAAUGAAGCAAUAUGUCUUCGAAAAUCUUUCAAACCUUAUUGAUUUAAUCAAUGCUUUCUUCUCAUCUCCAAGACUUACGCUUACAUUUAUUCAUUCUGUUGAUUUUAUCUCAGCGAUUAUCAAAAUAUCAUAUGUACUUGAAUUGUUUGAAUAUUCUGCGACUGUUCUCGUUACAGCUCUUUCUAAACUGAAAAAAUCUGAUCCGGUAAUGUUCCUAAUCUUCGAUUACUUCGUUGAAGUCCUUCAGAACCAAGAGCAGUAUUUGGUUACAUUCAUUUUGGACCUCUUUAUUAAUAUUUAUCCUGAGAAUUCUAUUGAAUUAUCUUCAUUAUUGACUCAAACUCAGUUUAUCCAAGAAUCAAUCAACGUAGUGAGCAGACAUCCAGAGAAUAUACCACUUAUUUUCAAGCUCUUCAAUACUUGCUCCAGCGAAUCUACGGCUCCAAUGUUCCAUCUCCUUUCUAAGGCCAUUUCCGAGGAAGAUGCCGAUAAAAUCGGAGACGAUUUGUUCCAGAAUAACUUCAAGAACUGCAUUUCAUCACUUCCAGUCCUUUACGACAUCUUUGGCCCGAAGAUGAAAUUAUUAUUUAUCGAAAGAAUCAUGGUUUGCUGCCGAGCAUCCGAGAAAACAACCAUAGAGAUCAAUUCCUCCCUUUUGCCAACGAAAGCUAUAGCAACAAUCGCUGAAUAUCGUCAUAAGGACAAAACUGACGAAUUCUUCGACUCCCUUUGCAACUUUAUCUCAUAUAUGGGUCAGAAAUCGCUCACAUCUUCUGAUCUCUUGUCACUUAUUCAAGUUUUAACACCUUUGCCAGGAAAUUUCCGGCCAAAAUUCUCAAUCCAGAUCUUAAAUACACUCCACAACAUAUUUGAGAACACGAAUCUUGUACCUACAUCAUUGUUCAAGCUCUACGGAAACGCCAUGGCAUUGCCAGAUGUUACAUUAACUAAAAAAGUGACAGAAUUUUCAUAUACAUGCGAAGUUAAGUUCAGAGGAGCGAUUGGCAACAUAUUGAGAUUGACAUGCACCAACAGCGUCAUUAUUUCCUUCGAUUACGGUGACAAACAGAUCUCAAUUACGAUGAAAGACAACGAUGGCUCGACAAUUCGUGGCGCGUUCAAUUUCGAGUUCAGCAAAGGCCAAUGGUUCAAACUUGCCAUUGUUUAUAAACAAGGUGUCUUCUCAUUAUACAUUAGAGGCGAAAAGAAAGAACUUUUAAUGGCCAAAAAUGUAUUUUUAGAAGGACAAAUUGUUAAAUCCGGCUUUGGAUCACUUUUGAUUGCUGAUUUCGGAUCAUUCUCAUUAUUCUCUUGUUCUUUGACUGACGAAGAGAUUGCAUUGAUGUACAAAUUCCCAUUAGUUCCUUGUUCCUUCUCUCCUGCCGAACAAGAUGACUACGACAACAAUUUCGGACCAUUGUUCACAGGAAAACUCAAUGAUAACGCGAUUUUCUCAUACAACGCGUCAUUAAUUAUCAAUAACUCAUACGCAGUCAACAUGGCUCCUUUGCCUGUAACAGGAAGAAUGCUGAAACUCGAUUGCCAGACAUUUUCUUUCCCGUCAAAACCGAAAGCCGCUCUUUCUUUAAUCGGUGGUCCCUCAAUUUUCUUGCCACUUUUUGCACAAUUGGACAUGCCAUUGAUACCAGACGAAAACAUGCCAGUUGAGUAUACAAUAGACCCCGAAUUCCUACCAGUUCUUUUGACAUUAAUCAAAUCCGUUUUGGCCAAAACAGCGAAGAACCAAGAAAACUUCAUGGAUUACGAAGGAUUCAGAAUUCUCAGUUAUUUGAUUGCGAAAUCCAAAUUGCAACAUAUAACUGAAGAAGUCAUUAUCAAGCUCAAAGAAAUCUUCCAAGUCCUGAUGAUUGUUGGUCUUGGAAGACAGAUGUUGCAACACAUUUGGUUCAAUCCGAGAUUGUGGAUUUAUUUACCUUUAAAUCUGCAAUUAUUUGUUUACAAAACAAUUGAUGAAAUCUUCGACGCGGUCUCAAUAAAAAGGAAAGUUUGGUUCGCACAAAACAUUCCUUAUUCACGUGUUCUUUGUUACGUAAAGGUCUGUUACUGGUCAACAUAUUGUGACAAAGAAUACAACCUUCUUCAUGAUCCAAAAGUUGAUCCAAUUACUAAAGAAGUUGAAGCAGAAAGAGAUUGUUCGAUUAUGAAAGAAAUCAGAGAAGUUUUGAUGCAAUUUGGAGACAAAUUAGCCAAAGCAAGAUUUACUUUGGGAGAUACAACAACAUUGAUUUAUCUUUGCUUGGAUAAACACGAUUUAGAAUUGUCUAAAUUGUAUUUGACAACAUUGAUGAAUUUAAUGAAUGAAAAAAUUGAUUUCAUUUUGCCAGCAACAAGAACUAACUUCAAAUUCCAAACAUUUUAUCCUUUGUUCACUUCACCUGACCAAGAAAUCAGAAUUUUAGCAUUCCACAUUGUCAUGAGAUCCGCAUUAUUUGAUAAAGAGCUCAAGAACCAAUUCCUUCCUCCUUUCUCUUUCUCUCAAUGGACGAAAGCAAUUUGUUGCUCAUUUAACAUGAUGAAUAACGAUGAAACAUUUGCUGACAUUGUUUGGGGAUAUCUGUUCGGUUUAUUUGAUAAUAAACAGUUCACAAACAUGCCACCAAUCAGAGUUUCACAAGGAGAAACAAGGAAUUAUAACAUUCAAUACGAAUUCUUACUUCCUCUUGCUUUAUUAGUCAUUUCUGAGUUCGAAGACGCCAAAUGUUUUAUUUACAUCAAAGCAUUGUACACAGCAAUCCAAAACCAGUACCAAAUGAUCCUUAAAAAGAAUCAUUGGAUCUACACAUUCAUUUUCUUCAUUGUCACGAGAUUGAGAGACAAAUCAGGAAAUUUGGAUGAAUCUUCCCAAUUUUUGAUCGAUGUUUUGUUGUUUAUUUACAUGCAGAACAUGAAAGUUACUGUUAUUGAUAUCAACAUGUUCAAAGAGAUCAAUUAUACAUUGAUCAAUUUGAGCUACAAGACAAAUAUCGAUUAUUCAUUUUUGAUGAAAAUAAUUUUGACAAAAUUUGUCACAAAUUACAUCAAUGACAAAUCAACGAAAACAUUGGUCGAUGAGUUCUUCUCAGCUGUCUGGUAUUACCUGUUCAUGAUUCCUUCAACAUCUUCACAUUAUUUGCCUUGUUUCAAUGACCAACAAACUGAGUAUUUCAAGAAAGUUCAGUACUCAGAUUGUGUCCACUUUUAUUUGUCAACAAAUCCAAUACAAAUCAAUUUCUGCUACUCAAUCAGAAGCAAACAAAACGGAGAGUGGUUAGACAAUGAAUUGGCUGAACUUUGUUUGAGCAAGAUGAGAUCUUUGUCAUUAAAUAAUGAACAAAGAACAAUGAUGUCUUUCAUUUUGGGAAGAUGUUUGGCACAUCCAAACACAUUUUCGAAUUUCAUGAGAUAUAUUCGAGAUGUUACUAAGUUCAUCAGCGGACACAGUGACAAUGAUUUAAGUGUUUUGGUCUGUUACAUGUCAGGAUUGAUCAAAUGCUACAAUGCAACAGAAAAUGGACAUCCAUCACAUCUCUAUUUGCAAGAGGAUUCACAAGCUUUCCAUAAGUUGAUUCACUUCGCGUUCAAGGAAUCAACGAAAUGGGGAUCAUCAUUACAAAGCUUUGAAUCAGCUUACAAAUCAACAGGACACAAUUUCUCUCAUGAAAUUCUCAUGGAAUUAUGUAAAACAGAACAAGGAAUUGAUUCAACGGCCGCAAAAUUGAAACAGAAUAUCAAUGAAUACUACGAAAGAGGACUCAAGUCAAACCAGAAGUAUUCAGUGAUAUUCAAACACAUCCAUCCAGAUCCAAAUGCAAGACAAGACCCAGGAACAGAACAAGUCAAAUCAAAACUGUUAUAUAUUGCAGAUGAAGUAAAGAAUGAUAACAUGAGAGGUCUUUCAAUUUACACGAGAUUGUGGCACUCUUUGGGCUACGGAAAUGGUAUUUGGAAGUCCACAGAGAACGAUUCAAGUGUACAUUGGAAGAUUUCAAACUUCAUGUCACGUAAAGGAAGAAGAGGAAGAUUAGUUAUGAACUACAAUUUCGAUGACCAUAAAAACGCUUCACUUUUACGUGAUUUAGGAAAUCCUUUGGAUGCAGCUGAACAAUACAAGAAACACAUGGCUGAGAUGCGUCUUACAUCCUUCUCUGAUAACUCCGGUGUUUCAAUCAUCCCUGAAGAUUCAAUCAUCUUCGAAAGAGAUGAAAAUGACAUGAAGCAACUCUUCAAGAUCGAAGCCAAAUUGAUCAGAAUGAGAAAGGUUUAUUCCGGCCAUUUGAUCAUUUACAAGAAUUUGACUGUUUUCGAAGUGAAAGAUGGAGAAAAAGUCCUCAAAACAGGAAAUGUCGAAAUCAGAUACAUCUUCUUAAGACAGUAUCUCCUUCUUGAAACUGCCAUCGAAAUAUUCUCAACGAAAUCUUCGAUGUACAUCGAUUUCAGCAUCGGACAAAGAGAAAAAGUUUUGAAUAUUUUGGCUCCUCUUUGCACGAAAGCGAAAUUCAUCCAAAGGAAGAAAGAAGACAUCAAAGUGUUGGUUGAAAAGGCAAAGAACAAAUGGAGAAACAACAAGAUGAGUAAUUUCGAUUAUCUGAUGAAAUUAAACAUCUUUUCUGGUCGUUCUUACAACGAUUUGUCCAAAUAUCCUGUUUUCCCAUGGAUUAUUCAAGAUUACAAAUCAUCAAAACUCGACUUGAAUGAUCGCAAUUCCUACAGAGAUUUGUCGAAACCAAUCGGCGCAAUCAACCAAGAAAGACUCGCAAUACUCGAAGAAAGACUUGAUGAUUCAUUCUCCCAGGAUGAUCAGUUCCUUUACGGUGCAUUUUACUCUUCUGCAGCUGUUGUAAUUGGUUACUUAAUUAGAAUUGAACCAUUUACUUCACUUCACAUUGAAUUACAGAGCGGCAAAUUCGAUAUUGCCGACAGAUUGUUCAAUGGCAUUGCCAACGCAUGGGAGUGCUGCAACAAAGUAUCAAUGGACUUCAGAGAACUUAUCCCUGAAUUCUUCUAUUUCCCUGAUUUCUUGAAUAACGACAACGGUUUUGAUCUUGGAAAAGUUUCUGCAACAGGAGAUGUCGCUUUACCACCAUGGGCUACAGAUGCACAAGACUUCAUUGUGAAGAACGCAGCAGCAUUAGAAUCCCCGAUUGUCAGUGAAAUGCUUCCAAGAUGGAUCGAUUUAAUCUUCGGAAUCACUUCAAGAGGACAGGGUGCAAUUAAAGCCAAAAACGUUUUCUGCAAGAACUUCUAUGAUACAUCAAUCACUCCUGAAGUCAUGAAGAACCCAACACUUCUCAGUUUCGCUCGUGAAUACGCUGCUUGUUUCGGAUCUUCCGGAUAUCAACUCUUCUUUGAGCCUCACAGACAGAAAGUUCAACCAAUUCGCUCCUUCCCACUCGACAAUUUCUACGAGAAUUACAAACUCUCUAAUUAUCCAUUAGUCGCUGUUGGAGCCAUUGGAAAUUCAUUGAUUUCUGUCGACUCAAUGAUGAAUGUUUCCUGCUUUGAUAUCAACACGAAAGGAUUCUCGAAAUACAACUUCCCAUCACGAGUUCUUCCUGAUUUCAUUGAUAUCAGUUUGCAGUCGCAAUUAGUAACAAUCCUUGAAUACAAGAUCAUCUUCGGAUUCACAUGGAGUCCGCACAUCAACACUGCUGACAUCAAGACAGGAAAGAUCAUACAGACAAAGAAAUACCAUACAAUGCCUGUAACAUGUAUAACUGCUGAUAAACAUUUAGUCAUUUCUUCCGCACAAGAUGCAACAGUUGUCAUCAAACACAAGAGCAGAAUUUUCACAUUUACUAAGCAUAGAGCUCCAGUAAGAUGUGUUGCUUUCUCUUCCAAUGCUGAUCAACUCAUUUCUGCUUCAAUUGAUGGCACAAUUAUUCUUCUUUCUUUGUCAAGAGAAAAAGAUACUCAUUCUUUCUACAUCGAUGGUGUUCCUCUCUUCGCAGGAAUGAGUGAUUCUGGAUCAUCUGCAAUUGUUUACUUCAACGAAGUUUAUAAGAUUAUAUUCUUCGACCAAAACUUACUUUGGCCAAAAGUUAUUGAUCUUUCAAACCAAGUUGAUGCUUUCGUAGUUUUCUCUUCACCAGAUGGAAAUUCUUAUGUUGCAUUGAGUGUUAGAGGAACAGGAAUCAUUGUUUAUAACAUGGCAAAUGGAAAACAAUGCGCAUUAUUCAUGUGCGAAGCAACAACGUUAAAUUAUGAUAAAUCUUCAUGCAGAUUGAUCAGAGGAACUAUGCAAGGAGAGAUUUCUCUAAUGAACAUUGUAAAUGUUCACCAAUGA